AUAUCAUUGACCCUUAAAGGUUGUUACGUUGAUAAAGCCCACGGAGGUAUUAUUUUCGAUCCGUGGGAGGAGGGGUUCCUAGAAACCGCCUCCCACUCGAGCGCUGCUCGCUUCUGAUCCAAAUACACACGACGCCUCCAUGUUGGAAAGAGUAUAGAGGGGGGAUACAAUUAUUUUUUGAAAAUGAAGAGAGUUCAAGAAACGGGAUUAUCGGAACUGUUUCAUUUUUCGUAUUGAAACUUGACCGAGGCGAGCGAGUGUUUUUUUUUUUUUUUUUAAUUUUUCGUUUCUUCAUUGUUUUCAGUCAAAACGUCAAUUUUUAUUUAUUUAUUUUUAUUAUGUUGAAUUGAACACGGAUCAGUUUAAGGCUAGCUCUAGUUGCUAAGCCAGACGUUAGCAACGUUUUCUUCUUCUUCUUCUUCUUUUUGAGUUCAACGUUGGGAGUUUGUUUUGCCCAUAAUUGUUCUUAAAUGUUGCUUACUAAAUUGGAAUAUUCCCAGCGAUUGACAAGUGGUUGUAUUUUGUCUUUAAACCACUAGCUAGUUUACAUUUUGCCCCCUCCUGUGUCCCGUCUCAGCUAGUUUUUAGGGCCCGGCUGCCAUUUCAACACAGCUAGCAAAGGCAGCUAACGUUACCCAUUGUGGACUAGGACAAGCAAGUAAAAAAUAAACAUUUUAAAACGAACCAACAAAAAAAACAACAACAACAAAGGAAUUAACCAUCCGUCGCAAUGGAUCACACGUCUAUAAUAACCCAGGUUUCCAACCCCAAAGAAGAGGAGAUUAUCUCGUUUAAUCAGGAAAAAGUCUCCCAGUCCAACAGCAGUGUGAAGAAGCAGAGGAGUCCAGGCAUCUUCAGUACGUUCUUCUGUUGCUUUAGGAACUACAAUGUGGAGCCUCCUGCCUCCAACAACACAACCACCUCCCUGCCUCCAGCACCAGAGGAGAAUGGGACACAACCAAAGUUUGACCAGGUCGAGGUUAUUCCUAUCCCUAGUCCUCCAGCCAAAUUCCUCCUACCAGAGAUGAACAUAUCAGACUAUGGGAAGAAGUGUGUAGUGAUCGACUUGGAUGAGACAUUGGUACACAGCUCAUUCAAGCCCAUUAGCAAUGCUGACUUCAUAGUCCCCGUGGAGAUAGAUGGCACAGUUCAUCAGGUGUACGUGCUGAAGAGACCUCAUGUGGAUGAGUUCCUGCAGAAGAUGGGAGAGCUGUUUGAAUGUGUUCUCUUCACGGCUAGUCUUGCAAAGUAUGCUGACCCUGUGGCGGAUCUUCUGGACCAAUGGGGUGUGUUCCGAGCCCGUCUGUUCCGGGAGUCAUGUGUGUUUCACCGGGGGAACUAUGUUAAGGACCUAAGCAGGCUGGGUAGAGAGCUCAGUAACGUCAUCAUACUGGACAACUCUCCUGCCUCCUACAUCUUCCACCCCGAGAACGCUGUGCCGGUCCAGUCGUGGUUUGAUGAUCUAAGCGACACAGAGCUACAGGACCUGCUGCCCUUCUUCGAGGGCCUGAGCAGAGAGGAAGAGGUGUAUGGUGUGUUGCAGAACCUCCGGGGCAGGUAGCACCAGGGUAACCCCAUCUUCCUCCUUUCUCUCUCUUUUUUCUUUCUUUCUCUCUCUCUCUCUUUCUUUCUCUCUCACUCUGCCUCUUUAGUGACACACCAUCGCUCAGGCUUAGACAGAUUUCCCGGCCUCCGGCCCCUAGGGGCAACCUGGAGUCACACUGGAUUGUAGUGUGUAACCCAACACCAGACACCCCAAACAGUACACCUCUCUCCGCUAUGGUAUCCUCUCCUAGAGGCUGGGGUCUCACUGUAGUCAGAGUGGAGAAUACUCCAACUCCCAUGGAGCACAGUGGCGGAACCAGGAAGCUCGACUGUGACAUCAUCGGUUAGAAGAUUUGUAUGGAGCGGCAGAAUGCGUUUUUGAUUUGAGGGAAUGGACGCAAAGGAAGAAACUCUAGUCUUGUGUUGUGACACCGACUAACAGGCAGAGUUGUUACUUUUAACCAAAAAUCUAUAUUUUGUGUGGAAAUGUGUUUUUUGUUGUUGUGAAGAUAACCGAUAAAUUCAGUCUUGAGUAUUAGGUCCUUGUAUUGUUGCUAUGCAUCAGGCAGUGUCUGGUAGUUUGAAAGGACUGUGAUUUACUGUUUUCCUUUUCUUACCGAAUGAAGUGCCUUGUUUGAAUGUGGUUAUGAGGAGAUAUUUUGUACAUGGCAUAUUUUCAGAAUACUUCUUCAGUCUUUUUAUUGAAUUCUGUCUAUACUUUAAAAUGGAGACCGCUAUGAUUCUUUAUGACAAACCACUGUUGUUAUUUUAGGAGGUUGUCAUAGGAGGUUGUCAUGGUUGUCAUGGUUACACGUUAUGGUUAGGAGGUUGUCAUGGUUACACGUUAUAUUCUCUUCUUUUUGACCCCAUAUAAGAGUUUUAUUUUCUCUUUAUCUCGCUGUCUUCACUAUACCUUAGAAUAGUGUAUUAUGGUUCAUUUGUUUUAAGAAACAAA